AGCGGGAGAGACAUGGAGGAGGAGGCGGCGGCGGAGAAGGCCGGGGCUGAGGCCAGGCGGCGAAGGAGCCGGCGUCACUCAAGCGGGCAUCGCAGGUCGGAGCGAUCGCCGAGUCCCGGCCGGCUGGACGUGAGCUCACCGCGCUUCGACCCGCUGCUGGCGUUGUACUCGGAGCGCACCCCGUUGCCUUACCCGGCCGCGCCUUGCUUCAACAACCUGGCCGAGUACGAGAGCUUCCAACGCGGCCUGCUCCGCGCCCCGGGUCGCUCGCGAACAGCCGCCGGCCGCAGCAGCAGCUCCGCCGGGACGCGUGCUCGGAGCCGGGCCGGCCGAGCCCCCGACGAUCCCGAACGCCUCCAACGGCUCCGCAACCUCAUGCUGGUCAAGGAGCCCAAGCCAGAAGCGGCGGAGAGAGAGAGGGCGCGGGGCAGGAGAGCGCCGCGCAACAUCCUCACCAAGAUGCCCCUUCAUGAAGGCAGUCCACUUGGGGAACUCCACCGCUGUGUCCGUGAUGGCGUAAAGGUCAAUGUCCAUAUCCGAACUUUCAAAGGGCUUCGUGGUGUCUGCACUGGAUUCUUGGUUGCAUUUGACAAGUUCUGGAAUAUGGCCCUGACUGAUGUAGAUGAGACAUACCGAAAACCAGUGCUGGGUAAAGCUUUCUAUGUGGAGCCACAGUUGACCCUCACCAGACUCUUUGACAGACUGAGAUUGCAGGAGUCCUUGGUUAAAAGAGAAGCCGAUUCAAAGACAGCCACGGACUUGCCAGCCCUUCCAUGUGAUCCAAGGAGAUCGAGGAGGAAAUCUGAGUCAGGUAGGGGAAGAUCAGAGGAGAAACAUGGAGCAAAGAAGCACGCCAGCAGAGAGAGGACACGAAGCUCCAGUUUGCCAAAAGUCUCUGGGAGAGACAUGGAUUUGCCCAGCAGAAUCUCCCAAGUAGAGGAGAAGAGCACGGGUGGCAAAAGAGGCCGUUCCCGAAAGAAGCAGAGGCCCAAAGUGGAUUAUCAGCAAGUGUUUACACGACACAUAAACCAGAUUUUCAUUCGAGGAGAAAAUGUGCUGCUUGUUCACCUGGCACAUUGAUCUCAUUGACUGAUUCCAGGCAUAGCAGCGCAGUGGUGAAAAGAGACAGUAUUUUAAUUCUUUUUCUUUUUAGCCAAAAGAGGAAGAGGAUUAUAGACCUAGAGACUUGAGCCAAUUGUCUGUUUGAGUGGACUAGAAUUUAUCUACAGCUGAUGUGGUCUCUCCCAAAACAGAUGUCCUAAACUUUGGGAGAUACACAGGCUGUGUGGCUUGGAUGUGGAGCGACUUUCCUUAUACAGUAAAUAUUUAAAUUCUGCAGUAUAUACAACUGGCUAAGUGGGUCUGGAAAAGCCACAUGACAUUGACACUUCCAUGACAAAUGUGAAUUAAGGGACAGAAUGCUGCAAGCUUGUGAAAAAGAGUUACAGCUGUAGGAAUUAGCUUGCUUGAAGCCAUCUCUCUCUUCUCCAUACACUAUGCACAGGGGCCCCCAAAGGACUGGUCCAGCUUUGCAUUGCAGGCCCUAAAGGAGUCCCAUUCUCUGAAAACAAAUGGAAAGAAAAAGGAGUUUGCAUUGCAACUAGUCUAAUUU